UUCCUUCUUUUCCUCCCUCCCUUCUUCCUUCCUUCUUUCUAAUCCUCCCCUUUCUUUCCUCCCUCCCUCCCUCUUUCCUCCCUUUCUUCCUCCUCCCUCCAUACUUCCUUCCUUCCUUCUUUCCAAUCCUCCCUCCCUCCUUCUUUCCACCCUUCCCCCCUGCCUUCUUUCCUUCCUUCCUCCCUCCUUCUUUCCUCCCUCCCUCCUUCUUUCCUUCCUUCCUUCCUCCCCCCUCCAUACUUCCUUCCUUCUUUCUAAUCCUCCCUCCUUCUUUCCUCCCUCCCUCCUUUUUUCCUCCCUCCCUCCUUCUUUUCUUCCUUCCUUCUUUCUAAUCCUCCUCCUUCCUUCCCCCACCAGCCCAGCCCCGAGCCCCGAGUUCCGCAGUGGCCGCCGGGCGCCUUCCCUCCGUGACCUUCGGAUCUUGCGGCAGAGGCGGGCGAUGGCUCGGCGGGGGCGAAGGCGGCCGGAGGGGCCGCUCCUGCCCUGAAGGGGGUCUCGACGCCCUCCCCGCCCAGAGACGCCCCUCCCGGGCCAUGAUCUGCCGGGGCAGCCGCAGCCUCCUCCGGCACCCGCAGCGGGUCCUGGGCGCGGGCGCCGUCGGGGCUGCUGGCCUCCCUUCCCGGCCGCUGCGGGUGCUGGUGGACAUGGACGGGGUGCUGGCCGACUUCGAGGGGGGGUUCCUGAAGAAGUACCGCGCCCGCUACCCGGACCUGCCCUACAUCACGCUGGACGAGCGGCGCGGCUUCUGGGUCUCGGAGCAAUACGGGAAGCUCCAGCCUGAACUGAGCGAAAAGGCUAUCAGUAUUUGGGAAUCCAAGAACUUUUUCAUGGAGCUCGACCCACUUCCAGGGGCUGUGGAGGCUCUGAAGGAGAUGGCAGAAUUAGAAGCGACUGAAGUCUUCAUAUGCACGAGUCCCAUCAAGAAAUAUCGCUACUGCCCAUAUGAAAAGUUCGCUUGGAUAGAAAAGCAUUUCGGACACGAAUUUUUGGAGCACGUGAUUCUCACCCGGGAUAAGACGAUCGUCUCUGGACAUGUGCUGAUCGAUGACAGGCCUGAUAUCAUAGGUGCUGAACGGACUCCCACCUGGGAGCACGUGCUUUUCACCGCCUGCCACAACAAACAUCUGCAGCUCCCGGCUUCUUGCCACCGGUUGCACUCGUGGGCUGAUGACUGGAAGGCCGUCUUGGAAAGCAAGCGGGCUUGCUGAAGCUUGGAGAGUUCUUAGCAAGGCCAGCAAUGAGCAGGUCUGGUUGCCUGAAGGCUAUCUCCUUGAGUUGCUAGCCAGAAGAAGAAGAAGGUACCUGUUACCUUCCUUGGGUCUAGGCUGGCAUGUCAGAAGGAAGAAUUGUGGCCUCAAAUGGCAGCCGGUUUUGGCAGCUAAAGGAAGACUUUCGGUUUCUACAGGAGUGGGGUGUUGGCCAAGUCGUCCAACUAUGUUGAAGGCCUCUCAUUGAGUAGAUCAACUCAGGAUGGUUUCCCAUCCCUCUUUAAAUUUCCGUGGGGUCUUUCUCAUUCAAGAUGAUGGCCGUCCUCAUUUUUGGCCUCCAAUGGAUGGACUUUGAGCUUCUGGAACUCAAAUGACCCUUGUUGCAAUGGAUGUGAAAGAAAUAUUCCAGAGCGUAAGGAGGUUGGUGAGUUCAUGUACCCAGCCACAAUCUCACAGACACAUGUGAGUUUGUUGCACCGAUUCAACCGAAGGAUCUCUUGAUUUCAGAGCUUUCUAAAAUCCAGGGGGCACUGGGGUCAAGAAAUCAAGAUGGAUCUCUAACUGGGAAGUCAAAUCCAUGCAUAAUGUUGCACAUAAUACAGAAAAGUCUUCAAUUCCCUGUUGUAGCUUCCAUCCUGACUUUUUGGUCAUUCGGGGAGAUGUCUGAAUGACCAAAGAGUAAACAGAGUGUUGUUCCUAAGGAUUUAUUUGUGGACAGUGUGGGAAACAAGUUCAGAACUGGCCAAAGAGGCUGGACUGGGGGGAAAAAAAGCAUUCUGAAGUUCUACAGAACAUUGCAUCUCUGUGGGGUGCUUUGUCCUCUUUGAGCCUGGGGGUUUUCUUGCAGAUAUUUCAUGACCCAACUAGGGAACAUUAUCAGUGUUAGAAGGGAGUGGUGGAAACUUUUAGCAUUGAUGAUGUUUCCUAGUUGGGUCACAAAACAUCUGCAAGAAAACCAUCAAGCUCAGAGAACACCAAAAACCUCACUCUCAAUUCAUCCCCAAAUAUUCUGUCCGAUCUCUGAAAUGAGACACUUUGCACAUCCCUAACUUCUACCUGGAUGGAUUCUACUCUCCAUCCUUCAGGUAGACUGACUUUGGGGCUAUACACAUCUGUUCAUAUCUUCAUGUGGAACCUUCGCAUCUUCUCUAGAAGAUUCUAAUCUUGGCCUGCUAGUUUUCCUUUCUCUGAGCCACGGUGGCGCAGUGGUUAGAGUGCAGUACUGUAGGCGACUUCUGUUGACUACCGGCUGCCUGCAAUUUGGCAGUUCAAAUCUCACCAGGCUCUAGGUUUGACUCAGCCUUCCAUCCUUCUGAGGUGGGUAAAAUGAGGACCCAGAUUGUUGGGGGGCAAUUGCUGACUCUAUGUAAACCGCUUAGAGAGGGCUGGAAAGCACUGUGAAGCGGUAUAUAAGUCUAAGUGAUAUUGCUCUUCACUAAGUUACAUUAGCUCAAACCUCAAAGGACACAAUCCCAAAACAGAUUACUCCACCCACCUUUUAAUUUACAGUAAGUAGGCUCUCACUUGAUCUGAGAGCAAGCUUGUCCUAACAUUUGCCAUUUUCCAAAUAGCUCUCAUCAGUGUUGGAGCGUUGUUGUGUGUGAGAAACACUUUAGAAUCCUUUCGAAAACUUCUUCACAGACUCAAACUGGUCAUCAUGAACUUGAUUUGGGCUUUUUUUUUUUGAAAUGUUCAAAUGACUCCGUACGAAAUCUCGCCUGACAAACCAGGAUGUGAUGUUGUUAACGCGUGGAGAUUACAGGGACGAGCAGGAGUUGUGUCUCCCCCCCCAACUCCCCACUGCCAUGCAUGCACAAUAUUCGGUCUAUUUAUUUAAUCUGAAUGUCUCCAGCUCUGCGUACUUUUAUUGUGCAAAUACAACCAACAAUUCCUGCUUGAGAAACAA